UGUCAUACACAAGAACUGUUUCAACUUUCAAUUCACCAAAAAUGGCUCCUCUGAACCCAAACGCUGCAGACUACUUCCCUCACCACCACCACCACCAAAGAAAACUCCACAACCACCACCAAAUCACCAUGUCCCUUCCCCAUUACCACACUUCUCAACACCACCGCUUCUUCACACUCUCUGCAACUCAACACUUUGUGUUCUACCCACACACCACCACCGCACUUCCAUUUUCGCACCCUUCUACUUUCCAGAGCCAGCACCACCAACUCAGCACUUACACUGUGUCGCCACAACCGUUACCAUGUGAAGCUGAACCGGUUCGUUUCCUCAACAAACCGUUUCAACAACAUGGCCCUUCGGAACUUGAUGGUUACAACAACAACAAGAAGCAAGCGUUUUUGCAGAAGCCGGCUCGGAGAUCGGAGCACCGCCGUUCAGAGAGGUUGAGACAGACGAGGAGGUUCGAGGGCCGAGGAGAGAUUGCUCCGGAAAACAAGAAAUGGCGUCCUUUAAUCCGGCCUCACAGAGAUCAAACCACUGUGAUGAUCAAAAACAUUCCUGUUAAAUACACUCGGGAUAUGCUGAUCAAGUUUCUUGAUGAUCAUUGCAUGAGGGAAAAUGGAAGGGGCAAUGGGAAUGUGGAAGGAAAUGUGUUCGCUUUUGACUGUGUUUAUUUGCCUAUGGAUUUCAGAACUGGAAUGAACAAGGGGUAUGCCUUUGUAAAUUUCACCAAUUCCGAGGCUGCUUUGAAGUUUACCCAGACAACCUCCAAUCAAAAGUGGGAUUUGUUUCAAUCUCUUAAGAUCCGUGAAGUUGUACCUGCACGUCUCCAGGGAAAGGAGAAUCUGGAGAAGCAUUUUGGAACGAUGAGAUUCCCCUGCGAGUCCGAGGAAUUUCUGCCUGUGGUUUUCAACCCACCUAGGGAUGGUAGUCUCAAGGGAGAGCAAAGGACAGUUGGGAGGCUUAUUGUUUAGCCUCGAAGCAUGUGAUUGUGCACUUGUUUCAAUUCUCUGAUGGUUUCAUGUUUCAAUUCUCUGUUGUUUUUCAUGCUUAGGUUCUAAGGCCUUUUGCUUCAACUAGGAAUCUCUUGUUCUGUUCAAUUUCACAAAUAGGAGGGUGGAGCUUGGCCACACACUGAUCCAUUGAUUCAGAGGAUUGUGUGGUAGGGUCCACCUUUUCUUGGAUAGACUUGAGCCUUAACCCUUCUUCAAGCUUACAAUAACAUAGUACUGUUCACUCCUGUCCAUGUUGGUAUUCCAAAUGUUUGUUUGUACUACUUUCUAGGAUUGUACCCUCUGAUCAGAAAGCUAUUUUGGCUUUAAGUGCUGUGGGGUAAAUAAAAAAAUAUAUUGUGUUGUGUCA